AUGAUGAGGAUGAUGGUGCACCGCCCUCUGUGCGUGUUUGCCCUCGUGUUGUGCUGGGCGUCUUUUUGCGUGACGGCUGCUGCUGCAGAGGGCGGUGUUGUCGGUUCCCUGCCAGCCACAGCUGCUGCGGGUAUUGAGGCGAGGAUGGCUGAGAAGGAGGCGGGCUUGAAGGAGAAAGAGAAGGAGGAGGAGGAGGAGAGUGACGGUCAACUCAUCGUUCCUCGCUCUCCCCCGCACAAAGAUGCUCAGGCUGCACUGCGGAUGGCGAAAGAAGCAGCAAUGAAGGCCAAGCAGGCAUUGGAGGAGGCCAAGGUGAAUGCUGAUGCUGAAAACAGCGUAGCGACGAAAUCUUUGCGUUUAGCUACACUGGUCAAAAAGGCUAUCGGUGCGUUGAAUGGAGUUAUUGGGUAUUCAAGACAACCCCCGCAAAAAUCAAAACGAGGUCCAAACGAAGCGUAUAUAACGCAUGCAAAUGAAGUCAAGCGGGAAAUUGUGGAGGUGCUUCUGAGAGCUGAAGAAGUAAAAACAAAUGCUGGAAUUACACUGCAGAAGACCAAGGACGCAGUGUCGAAAGCAGACGAAGCGCUUCAGCACGUCAGUCGGGCGGAGGCGAAUGCAAAAGGUGUGGAUCAGAUUGUUAAGGAUGCAGUGGGUGCUGCAAAGGCAACAGUGACGGCGGCAAAGGCCUUAGCUGACAAUUGCCUUCUUCAGGUGGAGAGGGCAUACAAUACAUCGGUGGACACGACGCAGGUAGUGACCGAAACAGAUACAGCAGCGCGGGAAACUUUCAGCGUGGGAGAUACACUUAUUAAACCGGACAACACGCAUAAAUGGAGUGACAAACUGAGUGGUGUGUCUCAAAAAGCGAAAGCAGUCCAUGACAGGAUUCAAAGAUUAAUCCCAGUAUUCGGAGAUGUGAAAUAUUUUUGUGCCGAAGCAGCAAAGAGUGCCGAUAAAGUGUUGGCCUCCAUUGAGCGUCAGCUGCGGACAACUCCAACUGCUGUGAAAGAAAGUGUGUCUCCUCAGUCAAAAGCUGAGGCCGUGCUGAAGGAAACACUGCAGGAGUUGAAACAACUUCAGGAACAAGCGGGGAAGUUGGACGCGCCUGAGAUUAAAGAGAUUACAGAAGAGAUUAUAGAGGAGCAGCAGGAACAGGGUUCAGCGGUGAGGGAUGAGCAGAGUCUUCCGCCACAAUCUGAGGGCGGUGCUGCAGUAGUUCCUGGGAAGAAGGAUGGCUCACGUCCCUCACCAACAGAGGCCACCACCGUUCCUGUGGCUGUGGCUGAUGCUACACCUGAGCAUGAAGCUACGUCUGCUCCCGCCGUCAACAGCUCUAUGGCUGUCGAGGAGCUUCUUGCCAGCAAUGGUGAUGGCGGCAGCAACCCUGCGUUGGUGUAUGCACCACUGCUGCUGCUUCUGGCCUGUGUGUCUCUCUGGUAA